AAGUUAUUUAGCUUGCGACCUGCAAAUUUUUGUUCAAACGCGGCUUUCAGGAGAAAAAAUUCAUUGGAUAUCUUUUUCGAUGAAACAGUGAUCGCCAUAUAUGCAGUGAAUCCACUCAGGCUCUGAGCGUCAUGACGAUUGCUAUGCAACCAACUUUGUUCCUGCAGAUCUUUAGUGGUUAUUUGGUCAUCUCCACACGUGGUUUGUGUGGCCCUGAUGAAUAUCCUAUCACUGGUCGUCCAGGGAGAAAAUGUCUCCCUUGUGAUAAAUGCCACGAGGGUCAAGGGCUGGUUCCAAAAUGUGGAACUCCCAUUAAAGACAAAGUUGACAAAAUUGAGUGUAAACCCUGUGAAUCUGGGAAAUUCAGUGACACGUAUGACAGUUCUUCUUGCCAUGUUUGUCACCAGUGUGUUGAAAAUGAAAAAGUGACUGUGCCAUGUACCAAAAUAUCAGACACUGUCUGCAAUGGAACUUGUAAGAAAGGAUUUUAUUUCAGCAAAAAGGAUGGCACUCACAGCUGUCAGAAAUGUUCCCACUGUUGCUUUGAUGACCAAGAUGAGGAGGUAGCUGAGUGCAAAGAACAAGGCCUAACUGAAUUCAAACUGUAUUGUGCCCCUCGACCCGACAAGGAUUGUACUCCACCACCACAUGAACCAACAGGAGGCAAACAUGGAUCAGAUACUUCAAAUAAUAAAAAGCUAUCGCAGACAACUAUAAUUGUUUUAAUUGUGGUUGGUACAGCAAUUGUUUUAGCAUUGAUAUCUACAGUGACUGUAUAUUGCUACAAAAGAAGAAAGAUAGCAACUGGUGAUCAUCCAAAUAAUUCUGUCCAAAAUUAUGCAAGGGAUGGUGCAGUUUUAGACCCACAACAUGUAGUACCAGCUGUACGUUUCAGUAACAUACAUGGAGAAACUGUUAAUGCUAGCCCCAGUGGUACAUGUGUUAAUGGAGUUGAAGGAAUUUCAGCAUUCCAGAAUGUAGUCACUCUGGGUACUUCCAGUCAGGAUCAAGAAACUAGAAGUGCUCCUUCUGUGCCUGAGCCUGGUGUCUCACUCACUCAGGGUACUUCCAGUCAGGAUCAAGAAAUUAGAAGUGCUCUUUCUGUGCCUGAGCCUGGUGUCUCAGAAGUUGUGACUACAAUACCCAAUAAUGUGCAACAUGAAAGGAGUGCUGAGUCAGUUUUUGGUGCUGAAGUUAGACGUCCUAAAAGUGAUGGUGGUCGAAAGCAAUCUCUUAUUCGUUCACUCAGUAGGGAUUCUCAGAAAAGUGGAGAUGAUGCAAAUAGAGGUGGCAACAGAAGUAGAAAGUCAUCAUUAUCAAGCCUCUCAGAAACUUUAAGACAAGCAAUAAAACCACUAAAUCCAAAAGGGACGGAUACAUGUAACUUGGUGGAUAACAUAGAAGAGCAUGUGGAUGAUUUAGAACAAGAAAUAUACUUAUCUUUGAUAGAAUACAAAUCUCUAACAGAUGUACAACAAGACUUUCAAACUUAUGAGAGAGUUGGGCACCUAUUGAGUCAAAAGAAGCAUGGCCUAGGUGGAUGGAGGGAGGUGGCACAUAAGUAUAAGAUGGAUCAAGUUCACAUUGAUGCCUUGAGGAAUGACCCAGAAGCAGGGAGUAAAACAUUAGGUUAUCUUGUAUCGGCAGUGCCAGAAUUGACGGUGUAUGACUUUUGUGAGACACUUAAAGAGUACCACAUUAGGCGUCUUGAUAUAGUAAAAGAAUUAGAGAAACAUGUCUCAGCUCUGGGAACAGCCACUGGGUAAUUUGAUGUAACAAUUAAUUUGUAUGGAUAUUUUUGUUGAAGACAAAGCAGUUUGUGGCUUUGUUUAUAGAAUUUGAGAUUCAGUAGGCAGGUCUUAAGGCAAGACAAAGGGAACAGACCAGUGCUCUUAGAGCAGACUUAAGGAAGUACUCGUUUGUUGAUUAAUCAAAUUAAUUCGAUAACUGUGUGAUAAAAUGUCAGACCAUCCAAUGCUUAGGGGAGCACAGUCCUAAGUAUUCAGAUCAUCCAGGAAUAUUGACAGUCAGCUUGAGUGUCAGUUUUAUAAAAAAUUGUGAAAUCUUUUCAAGCUGAAAACUACACGACAACGCAAACAUCCGUGUCACAAAAUUUUUUAGUUCAAGUGAUACUAAGAAUAAUUGUUGUUAUGAG